AAGACGGAUGAAUGAUGAAUCACUUCAUGUUUAUGGCAGUACUACUCCCCCUGAGGACUUGCUACACUACAUACUCACAGCAAGAAUCCACUGUGUUUCCAAUUACGUACCUUAAGAUUUCCAAGGAUUUGGCUCUUCAGCGGCUGCUGGUGGAAUGGGAUGUUGGCAAGUCAGCGCAUGAUGCUGAGCUGGCAAUGUCUUUUGAAAUACAAGUCCGUCGAACAGAUGAAACUACUACUGUGUGGACAGAGUUUCAUAACAUCACACUUGAUAAAUCAGGAAAGCCUCUUCAAUGGAUAUGGGAUUCAGACUUACCUUUGGAGUGUAUGUCACACUCGGUGAGAAUCAGGAGCAAAGCAGAAGCGUCAAAAAUCUGGAGUCAGUGGAGUCUGUGGGAGACUGUCCUGGGCCUGGACACUUCAAAUAACAGUGAACUGCAAAUCUUUCCAAAUGAAAAAAUUGUAGAGGAAGGCUCUGACAUCACUUUUUGCUGCAUUGGAAGGAAAGGUCAAAUAAUUAAGGAAUUCUUUGUAGUCCCAGCUGUUGAUGUUUUCAAUCACACAAACAAUCAAGUCGAACUUCUCACUGUGAAAAAUGUGGCACAUCAAGAAGUGCCUCACAUCACUGUCUAUUGUCAAGAGUCUUGCAAUGAAGACCACUGCUAUGAUCAUGCAGUUUUAUUUGUGGGUAAACCACCUGAUACACCUAAUGAUUUUUCCUGCCACACGCAAGACAUGAGAAUAGUAACAUGUACUUGGAGCCAAGGAGGAGACACCUAUCUUUAUGGACGUCAUUCACCAAAGUACACCUUGUCUGAUGA